AUGAAGUUGCACCAGGAACCCGAAGCCGUUCAAGUUGCAACAUUGCUUAUCGUAGUCGGAGCUGAAGCGCGGAAAGUUUUCGCUACGUUUACGGAUUGGGCGAGCUACACCGACCAAAACAAGAUUCAGCCUGUGUUACAAAAGUUUGCAGCGUACUGUCAGCCACUUAAAAAUGUGCCUUUUGAAAGAUGUAAAUUUUAUUCUAGAACGCAAGAAUCGGAAGAGUCUUACGAUCACUAUCGGACAGCUCUUCAACAGUUAGCGGAAAGGUGCGAGUUCGAAUCGAUUACCCCCAAUCAGAUUUUACGUGACAAGCUCGUGUUUGGAAUUCGCGAUUCAAAGGUUCGUGAGAGGCUUCUUCGUAAGAAGAAUUUGUCGUUGGAGAAAACUGAUGAGAUUUGUCGUUCUCACGAGACCAUGGUACAGCAGAUGAGGGUUGUCGGCGAUGCCGGUUUAAGCGUUGCAGAUGCCGGAAACGUGAAUGCUGUGUCUAAAAAGCCUAAAAGAGGGAAACGUAGGCGCGGUCGUGGCUUGAGAAAUGCUAACACGCGGGGAAAUAGUUGUGAAUUUUGCGGACGUGAGCAUGACUUAGGGAAGAGUGAGAACUGUCCAGCUUUUGGAAGGAGCUGCAAUAAGUGUGGCCAGAACUGA